AUGAAAAAGUCCAACGUGUGUCAAGCCACGUUGUUCCAGAGUUGGGGACGACCAGCUCAAUCUACCUCGUUGAGAAGUACAAAUUCGAAGACGCCUGGAGCAAUCAAAAGUCAAGUUUACAACGAUGCUGUAGAUUUAAUAGAGAUAGGAGAUGAUGACGGUGAUGAUGAAUUACUGGCUGCUGCAGAAGGAAUGUUUCCUUUCGACGAAGUUGCGUUUGAAGCGAAAUACAGUGGGGGCUGUGAAGUGAACGCCAAUAACAUCACCGAGAAAUCCGACGAAGUUGAAAUUAUUCCAGGUUUUGAUGUCGAGGCUGGAAAUGUUUGGAUUUAUCCGACAAAUUAUCCUAUAAGGAAUUAUCAGUUCGAUAUUGUUGAGAAAGCUCUCUAUAAGAACACCUUAGUUACUUUACCAACCGGAUUGGGGAAGACUUUCAUUGCUGCUGUUGUUAUGUACAAUUUCUUUCGAUGGUACCCACAGGGAAAGGUUAUAUUUAUGGCUCCCACUAAACCACUGGUUGCACAACAGAUUGAAGCGUGCUAUAAAAUCAUGGGUAUUCCGCAGAGUGACACAGCAGAAAUGACCGGUGAGGUUUGCCUUUUUUUUUUUUGUUUUGACAUCACACUUAUUGGUUAAUUUAUUUGUCAAGGUACAUUACAUGAAUUAUGAACUGGUUUAUUUUAGUUAGCUCAGCAACUUAGCUUCGAACCUGAUGCUCUCCAACCUUUUCAGGAAACAUGGCUCCUAAUAAACGGCAGUCUUUGUGGAGGAUGAGAAGAGUUUUCUUUCUAACUCCACAAGUUCUGCAAAAUGAUCUGAUUCGUGGAUCAUGCAAAGCCGAAGAAGUUGUCCUUCUUGUUGCUGAUGAAGCUCACAAAGCUCUUGGAAAUCAUGCUUACUGUCAGGUAAAGGAAAGAAAAAACAUGAUUGUACUAUUUAGUUCGCAUGGACAAGCACAUGCAUAUGUGACAGAUUUUUUUGCCAACACUAGUGUUACUAGGAUGCUGAUAUACUUACUUGAUACCCUUCAGUCUUUUUUUUGUGUUUUUAUAAAACAUCUAAUUCAGGAGAAGGCCUAAAUAUGACAUUGUGUUCUUCUUAGUAAGUUGUAUUAUGUUCCAUUCAGGUUGUAAGGGAAAUCUCUGGCUAUAACAGGAAUUUUAGAGUCCUUGCUCUCAGUGCAACACCUGGAGAUGAUCUAGAGGUAAAAAAGGAAAUCAAUAGAAACAGCAUUUAUGUUAAAAACAUAAACAUAUAAACUAUUGAAAAAACAGUCUCACUUAUUUGCAGGCCAGUCCAAUGAAAUAAUUUUGAGGGGUGAAGGAUUUUUAAGAUCAAUAAUACUUUUGAUGUUCCACCCACCCCUAGUCACAGUGCUUUUCUCCUUGAAGCUUCACUGAUACCUGAGGCUCAACAAUUCUAAUCCAAAACAAUAGGAAUUUUCAUCAUGAAUUUUUUUUCAAGGAGGCAAACUGGUGCUUAGGAACUUCAAUUUAUAUCAGACCCCAAUCUUGCCCUAACAUCAGUAUGCUUAUUCUUCAUACUGUUCUCUACACAUUUCCUAAUGUGCUGGCAAGGAGAAUUUGUUUAACAAUCAAGAGGUUCUUCAGUUGAUUGUCAUUUCCUUUAUUCUCAUAACCUUUAUGUUUGAUUCAGGGGUUAUAUUGUAGGGAGAAAUUAGAUGUGUGUCACUAUCAGGGAUUAAAGGGUUAAAGUUACUGUCAUUACCUUGAGCUGCUUCUCUCUCACUUUCCUUACUUUGAUUGUAGGCUGUUCAACAAGUCAUCACUAACCUCUUGAUCUCACACAUGGAGCUGCGCUCUGAAGAGUCCCCGGAUAUUCAGCCCUAUACACACAGUCGGCAGGUUGAAAAAGUGGUUGUCUCUCUUGGGGAAGAUAUUGCUAAAGUAAAGAAUUCAUAUCUGAAGGUACGUUGGAUUCUCCCUUAGUUAAUGAUGCCCAUGUAAAUAAAUAAAUUAUAAUGAUGAGAUCCAGUAUUGUAGGAGAAACUCUCUGAUAUCUUUGCCUGUCAUGCUGCAGCAAAAUGCUAGCCUGCUUGCAGGUUGGAUGAGAUCUUGAUGUUUUGUAUCUUGGAAAGAAGUGACCAAAGUUUUUUGCUUCCUUGCCAUGCUUUUUUUGCUCAUCCCCACUAACUAGCUGCCUAGGAAAGGUUAUGGCCCAUUCAGAGUUUAAUUCAGGACUGUGCAUUAACAGUGACUGAGGGUAACAGGUGAUUUACUGUUGUCUUAUGGAAGCUUGUGAGACUUGACUUUUAUGACAACUGUUAAGCACUGGGCACGUCAGAUUUCAAGGUACCUGGUGAUUCAUGGUCAUGUACAACUUCAGAUUUAAGGUGCUCUUUGGGCCUUUCCCUAGUAAAAUUAUUUUCUCUUGUCCUUAACAGUUGGAAGCUAUCAACAUAUUUUAGAAUGUUGUAGAAUUCUUUCUUGAAACUUCAAUAUCAGAUCAGCAAUUCUAGCUUUCAGCUGUCAUCCAUUUUCUUUUUUAUUCAUUCACAUUACUUUAACUUAAUUGUUGUUUAAUAUUAAGGUAUUAACCUUUAGCUUAUAAAUGUAUCUAUCCUAACAACUCAAAUGAUUUGCAGGACAAUGAAAUGUGAUGAUCUUAUAACCUCUUGGGGUUGAAUGAAUAAAACUAUGACUACUUUUUUUUUUUUUACAGAUCCUUGAAGCCAUUGUAGGCCGUCUGUUUUGCCAACGAGUGUUGUGGAACAAAGAUCCUCAACGUGUCACUAAAUUCAUGUUGUUGACUGCACGAGAUCAGUUCAGGAAGAGGAUGAAUGAACAAGGCGGAUGUGUAGGAAAACUUUUUAUUUUAGCCUGAAUUAAUCUAAAACCAAAUCUUAAAAUCUAGCAUUGCAAUAUGACGGGGUUGAAAAUUCAAAGCUGUGCAUAAUACUAGCAGCGAGCGACGCUUUGUAAUGGUUUUAUAUUAAGCUAUCUAUUUAUAUACCUUUUCAAGGAUCGCAAUCGACUUGGACAAAUUGAAGGGGACUUUGCUAUGUGCAUCAGCCUGUACCACGCGUAUGAGCUCCUACUCCAGCAUGGAAUUUUGUCAUUCCACAACUUCAUUAAAGCCAUCAUUGAUGGAACAAGAGGGAUGCCGCGCGCCAAGGCCGAAAUCAUGAAACACCACGAGUUUACACAGCUGAUGGAUGAAUUGCGAGAGGAAAUUGAACCUCCAGUGGAAAACAGUGCUAACGAAAGCCUUCUCUUUUCGCAGUUUUCACCAAGAAGGCGCGCGCUCAUGAAUGUUCCAAAACCGAGUACUACAUUCAAGAGUCAUCCCAAGCUCUUGAAACUUAAGGAAAUUGUGCUUGAACACUUUGAGAAGUUCCAGGAAAAGAGCGAUGAGGACUCAAAAGGCGUAGCUACCCGUGUGAUGAUAUUUUCACAGUACAGAGACAGUGUGAACGAGAUAGCCGCGUUGUUAUCUCGUCAUAAGCCUUUGGUGCGAGUAAUGAGUUUUAUUGGACAGCAGACAACUGGAAAGAGUGUCAGAGGACUUUCACAGAAAGAACAGUUGCAGGUAUUACCUUGGUUAUAUUGUACUUUGAAUUAACUAGGGUUCCCGUUAGUUUUCUUUGCUUCGCUCAGUGAUUGUGUAGAAAACGCGCUCAGCCCUCAUAACCAAUCAGAUGCUUAACUUAGACCAACGGAGAAUUGGGUCACCCGCGUAUUCCCGCGCUUUAAGCCGGGUUUUCACGCGGGUGCCAAGUGUUGAUUGAACAAGUUUGUUUCAAUUGCCAGAUGGAACAAUUUGGUCGCCGAAAAAUCCGAUACAGAAAGGUUAUGCCUCAUAAUGAAAAACGAAAAUGCUCUUGUCCUGUAGGAAAUCCAGGCGUGUUUACUUUUUACUCGUUUUUUUUCUUUCUUUUUUUCCCCUUUUUGGCACCAACUGAGAGUUGUGUGUGUGUCCAAUGUGGUUAGUUCACCUGAACUCCAUUACAUCCUUAGGUUGUACAGCGGUUUCGUCAAGGUGGUUACAAUACAUUGGUAGCCACGUGCGUCGGCGAGGAGGGUCUGGACAUAGGUGAAGUCGACCUUAUUGUGUGUUUUGAUGCGCAUGCGUCUCCCAUACGCCUUGUGCAGAGAAUGGGGCGAACAGGAAGAAAAAGAGACGGACGCAUAGUAGUUCUCGUGACUGAAGGCAAAGAGGAACAGGUACUAAAUAAGCACAGUUUCUGUAUACUUGGUUUCCAUAUGAUUGCUAUGAUCCCAACUAUUGCUGUGCUCAAUGAAGAAAGAAAGUUAGCGAUCAUAUUUGCAGAUCGUGUGGAAAGCACUCCAUUGCAGCUGCAAGGGCCCUGAUAUCAGACAUAGACCUCAAUUGAAUCCUUUUCAUUUUUGUGAUUUCUGAUCGUUUGUUUUGCAGUCGUGGACGUCGUUUGAAAACUAAUGCUCAUAAAUCCCCGAAAUUCCAACUUAAAAUGAAACGGUUUGCGUCAUUCUAUUUGGGACGUGUUUAAAGGAUGGACCAUUGAUUAGGAUGACACAUUUUCUCUGAUAUUCAGUGGAAUUUAGAGAAGUUUGAAUCUUCUCCUUUUUCCUUAAAGCCAAUUUUCCAAUGGAAUGGUCAGUGUGGAUGGUAAUAACCUGAGGUGCAAGUUGUCCAGUUGUCAGAACAGAAGUGGAUAAGCUGUCAUUGCGAGUUUAGAUCUUCUUUUGAACCUCUCCAGUAUUCACUUAAAGGCCAAUUCAUUUACCUUUCAUACCACUACAGUAACUCAGGGGCGUACUUAGUGUUAUCGUUAUUUUGAUAUACCUUUUUUCUUCCUGGCCAGGUUUACAUGAAAAGUCAAAGGAGUAAAAAGUCGAUUCACAAAGCUGUCGCCCAGGCUACCAAAUCUUUUGAUCUCUACUCGGACAACCCUCGAAUGGUUCCUCGUCAUAUUGUUCCUUCUGUGCUGAAAAUGGAGAUGACUGUUGGGAAGUUUAUAGGUCAGAGGUAUGGCAGAAACUUCUUUUUAUGCGCUAAAUUAACCUUUAAUUUCUUUUUCCCGCUUUUUCAUGGACCUUUCUUGAACGGUUUGUCAGGGCCUGGGGUAUGUCUAUCGAUCAGUUGCAUAGUCCGUCUUUAUAGCCUUUAGUCAGACAGUCAGUCGAUCGGUCGGUCCAUCUGAACGUGGGAUCGAUCGGGCAGUCAAACAGUCAGUCACCUUGUAGUCAAUUAGUCAGGCAGUCAGUUAGUCAGGCAGCCGAUCAGUUAGUCAGGUAGACAUACAGUCAGUCAGUCAAGCAGCUAGUGAAUGUGUCAGUGAAUCAGUAUGUUACAGUUGGUCAGCCAGUCUGUCGGUCGGUCUGUCUGUCUGUCGAUCUAUCUGAUUAGUCGGUUGGGUUACGGAUAAAAUAUUGCGCCCGAAAUAGGUCCAAAUGUUUUACACAGCGUUUUAUUUCCUUCACAGCAAAGGGAAAAAGAAGGAAAGGCCUUCAGAAGGAGCUGACAUCAAAAAUUUCACAAGUAAAACUGCAACAACCACAUCAAAGAAAGACAACGGUCUCUUGACCUACGAGGAAUUAGUUUACUGGCAGGAACAUUUUAAACUUCCCGAUCACGAGGCGGGUUUGUCACCACAAUUAGCAAUUACUAAGAAAUCGAGGCGUUCAUCAGCAGGGGCUAGGAAAUCUGUCGUGCAACCCUCUUUGACGGAAUGGCUCCCCUGGCAGACUACACUACAACCUGUGAAGGCUGUUUCACAUUCCCGUCGCACAGAACAUUUUGUUGAACUGUUGGAGUUUACGGAGCUUCAUAGUGGCGGAGGAGUUGACGAUGAAAGCUAUGACCUGGAAAUGAUGUCAUUUUUGAACGAAGGAGACAUCAUAAAGCCGGGGCAAAAGGAAAGUGUUGAAAAUAAUCGUGUUUUGCCUGAAAAUGAUGGUACUGUUUGCGAGGGAAGCGAAGGCCGACGCAAGGUCACCAAGAAAAGCAAGAAGACGCGAAAAAAGCUUGAAAUGGAAGGUGGACCUGAUUUGCAAGUUGACAGAAAGUAUCCGAGCAAAGAAGAGAAUUCAGUUGGUGAUACCAGCGAUAAGAACUCGGAGAUAAGUGGCACGAAGUUAAAAAAGCGCUCACCGAAAAACAAAGCUCGUUGGAAAGCGUUUUUGAAGCAGCUUGAUGAUAAAGAAGACGAAGAUUUCCAAACUGAUGGCAUGAACGUGGCUUCAGGUGUAGACAAAGACGAUGAAGUUAGCAAUUGUCUCCUAGGACAACCUGGCGAUACAUUGAUGGAGGAUUUGCCCGAUGUGGGAGAACACUGGGAACCUGACAAAAACCCUACAGAGGCUGAUGGUGAGUGUGCAAGCCUUGGCGACAAGAAAGAACCAGAAAAAAUGGAAGGAAAUCUAGAUGGUGAUGGCAGUGACCUCUCCGAUGCAGCCUCUGACGAAAUGACGAGUCUUUUUCCCAGUGUAACUACCCAGUCACAAGGAACCAUGCCAGGUUUUCUUCCUCAGAAAAAUAGAUUUUCAGUCACAGUCGGGGCAGUGCCAUCGCCACCCAACUUAGACGCUUUGGACAAAAUGAGUUUGUCGUCUGAGAGCUCAGACUUGAAUGACUUUAACAAAGACAUGGAGGAGAUCCAGAGAAAAUAUUUUGUAAACUCGCUUGAUUCAGGAGCUGAUUUGCCGCGAGUUUGUGUGGAAAAAGACUCGUUGGAGGAGGAACCAUUUCUAAUGGCUGAUUUUCUUGACACGGAGGUUAUGAAAAGUAAGGAUUUAGAAAAUAGUAGCAAAGAGCAGAAAGAUUUUGUUUCCUCAUUUUCUAACGAAAAUAAACCUUACAAGGACCAGCUUAUCUAUCAAGAAAUGCAUAAUUCGACAUAUGGAAACCCGAAACCCAGCCAUGGUGUAGACAUGCUUGAAGAGCAAGACGAGAUUGCCGCGAGGAGGAAGAGUUACGCGCAGGAGGUCACGAUGAACGUGCGCGGAAUCUCGAAUAGUUUUCUGUUAGAAUUGGAGAGUAACGUCUUAGCAAAAGCAGUAAAUGAUUCUGGCAAAGAGGAGAAAGGGUAUACUGAAGAUCUUUUUAUGGACGCGGCAGAUGAUGAUGCCCUCACAGAUGUAACGCUACCUACAGAUGGUAAUGUUGGUGAAAAGUAUGCCAAAGAUGACAAAAACAGGCAUGGCGACGAAGCCUUGUCACCGAGAAGUGAACAUGUGGGAGAGAAAUCGAUAAAGAAAGACAACUAUGAGGCUAAGAAGUGUGACGCUAAGUUGGAGAUUUCGGAGCGUGUUGGUGAACAGUUUUGUACGGCAGGGUCUUCAGUAAAGAUGGAUCAGAAAAGUUCAAAGUCUCAUGGCAUCAACGGCUUACGACACCUUUCGACAAAUGAACAAAAUUCUAGAAAUGACGGAACUGAAAAGAUUUUUCAGGAAGAGAUUGAACUGCGUGCUUCAUCUUCACUUGAAAUACGUACUAGUGGAGAACAUCCGAGCUCAACUUCUCACAAUGAUAUAUUUAUAUCAGACAUUAAGAAAUCAAGGAAUUCUGGCGCAACCCCGUUUAUAGAAACAGAGAGUUUACAAACUGGCAAGUUAGAUUUGGGAAAUAAGCACCAACCGGGUUAUUCUUGGAACGAGUUACCGUCGUCGGAAAUAAAUAAAGAAUCACACAUAAAUGCGCUUGGAAAGAAAGUAACUGUGAUUAAUGAGAGCGGCUCGGUUGGUCACAAUGUUGGUAAUAAUGGUGGUCGCAAUGUUGGCAUUAAUACUGGUGACAGCGUUGGUAGUAAUGCUGCUAACAAUCCUUGUAGGUCACCGCUACCCAAGAAACUAAAGCUUAGCUUGAAACGCACCUCGCCAAAAGACAAGAGAUCUCUUCCGAUGAAAACAAAAGACAAUGGUUUACUUUUUCCAGGGACGAAAUCGUUGAACUUAAGUCGCUCAAAGUCGCUCAGCGAUAAAUCAGUGAACGACAAUUCCUGUGGAGUGAACAUAGAGAUACCAGAAGUGAAUUCGUUAGCUAGGCCCAUGGAAUGUAGCAGCCCAGAGACAUCAGUGAAACAGUCUUCAAAGACAAGCAUGGCUUUCACUGGCUCAUCUCUCGACCGUGAGGAACAUUUAGCGAAUUCUUCAAAUUUACGAACUGAGAAUGGCAAUGUGGUAGCGGUAAUGGAAAGUGAUGAUGAAGAUGAAAGUGUCAUCCGUCCUGCGGGAAGGGCGAUUUCUCGAAGAAAGAGAGUUUUGUCGAGUCCCUGUUCCCAAGAGUUUAGAAAACCGGCCAGUCCUGAGAAAAGCAAGUCCAAUCAGCGCAUCGGUUUUUCGUCAUGUAAUCCACAGCUAGAAUCAAACAGCGAUGAGGAGUUUGAAACCGGUAAACCAGGUUAGUUUUCACCGUUUUUUUUCUGUUAAACUUGUAAAGAACUGUUGAACAGAGGUCUUCUUUGUACGCUACAAUUUCCUCCCCCUUCCCCCCUCCUCUCUCGCCCCCCUUUUCUCUAGAUGACGUUACUGUUUACAGAUCCUGUAUUGUCUCUGAUUAGCUGUUUUAAAAUACACAUUUUUUUAACUUUAAAGUGACCAGUCGGUUCGGCGUCAUUUGAGAGAGACUAGUGCCAUUUUCUCCACCAGUCUGACUUAGCACUAUAGUCAACAGCGACUUGGUCACUUGAGUUUUUCCGCACUUGAGGAUGGCUACGUGUCUUCUGCUUGUGAUGUGUACUUUCGCUCGUAUCCUAAUAGACAAUCAUUCUGUGGAUCUCAGACCUAAGAUUCGCCAUGCUCUCUAACUUUAGGGUGAUAAUCUUUGUAAGUUAUGUGCUUUAAUGAGGCUGUUUUCUUUCUUAGCUCGUAGCCGAUCUGACGUUGGAAGAGCUCCUUCCGCUACAUUCAGGGCUCACAAGAGAAAUUCUUUUGAGAUCGGUGGGAAGCAACGUUCGCGAAAGUCAGUUUCUUCUCUCCCAAAGGUCAGUUAUUCUCUCUAACAAUUUGUGGGUCUACUUUGAGAAAAUACAUUUCGGUUUUUUUGAGUCGUGUCAUGUAUCCAGCUAAUCACUCAUUAGUUUAAAGUGUUGUUUCCUUGUUUAAGAAUGUAUGUACGAAUUUAUUUAAAUAUUAAGGUAUUGUAUUUAAUAGUUAUUUAUUAUCUAGUGUUUACUAUUUUACCAGCAUUAUUUUGAACAUUAACGUGAUCUGUAGUGGUUGAGAGUUGGACCAGGGGGAUGAGAACGGACAGGUUUGACAUUAGUUGGGCUGGACACAAUUGAAAUAAAAUCUACGCCAUUAAUAUUUUAAAAUUUUUGUCUUGUAAUCCUAACAGAAAAUCAGAUUUCGGAAAAACCACUUCCUAGACGAUGAAGCUGAAUUGUCAGACAGUGACAUCAACGACUUCUCGUCCGAUGAAGCAGACAACUGUGAUGAGGACGAAGAUGAAAUGGACAGCUUCAUAGAUGAUGCUACUCAACUGACUCAAAGACCUCCUUCGGCGGCGAAACAGCAUCACGCUAGCUCCCCAGUGGACAUGAUGGCGGUAUACAGACAAUCUUUACGAAGUCCUCUUUGCGGCGCCUUAAAAUUUCGAACGCCUUUGUUCCAUAAGCAACGAAAUAAGUUUAAAAUGGUCUAUAAACGCGGAAAUGUUGAUGAUGAUAGCCAAUCCGAAGCAGAAGAAACUUACGAAUCAGAGAGCGUUCUUGAAAGCGAGGUUAAGUCGGAUAAUGAAAGCGAGGCAGAAAUUCAACAUGAAACCGAGGUUGAGAAUGGUCACUGGAACGGUCAGGCAUGCGCAGACGCAUCUUUCGAGGGGAGCCAAAUCGGCCGUCCGGCGAAGCGUAUGAAGCGAAAGCGAAUUUUAGAAGACAGUUUUGACGGAGAAGUUUCACCUAAGCUGAGCAAGGUGAAUUCGUCGGCCAUCGGUUGCAAGGAAGGAAGUAAUGCAGAGGACACUACAAAACCCGAUGCCUCACAAAUGAAAAGACAAAUCAGCACAGAAGCUGUGCAUUUGGGAACUUUUCGAUCGAGAGAAACGGUAGUGGGAAGACGCUUCACACUGACUUCGUCAAAUCAUCUGAUGUUGUGGCCGCGAAAAAAGAAUUUCAAAGGAGUGACUCGGCUCUAAGGCGGUCAUCGGGUGGUAAGGGAAGUAUUCGCAAAUCUGGGGCUUUCGUGGACGACUGGAGCAACGAUGUCAGUGACGGUGAUUUAUUGAUCGCCCUUGACGACAAAGAUGUGCGGGCUCCGGAGAACGCAAAGGCCAAACGGUAAGUGAACUUCAGCUUUAGUGGGAAACAAAAACCCAAAAUCCUGUGCGAACCUCUCCUCUCGCCCGGGUAGAAGUCCACCCUAACUCUCCUUACCUAACUGUAAUCCAAGUGCUUACUUACUUGCCGUAUAACGCCGGACGAAUUUUGUUUUUCAAUUACACCCCCAGACCCUUUAUGUGUAUUCUUCUACCUUUCCAAAUAUAAAUAUGUCUGCAUUUGCUAUUUCAAAACAAAUUCAUGUUGCGGAAUCGAACCUCAGACUUUCGAAUUCCACGCUCCGAUGCUCUACCACUGAGCUACAGAGACUCCACGGUGAGCGAGGUCUAUUAUGACGUUCAUAUAUGACACGCGUCCUGUUUACUGCAAGGAUCAGCAAUGUCGACGGCGUCAUGUUUUGUAAAUAGGAUUAUAAAGAUGGUAAGUUUUUAGCUCGAUAAAGAAAUAGGUUUAGGUGGGUUUUUCUUUGUUCCCACACUCGUGACAAGACUGUUUCUUUACAAAGCUUAAAACUGACCAUGUUUCUUAUGCUAUUUAAAAUUCAUCAUGUUUCAUAUUUAGGAAACCUUCAAGUGACCAACUGAAGGGUGACGGCUUGGAUCAAAUUGAUGUUGCCGUGGAUAUAAUAGAUAAUGAUGCUGCCAUGGAUAUUACGAAGUCUCCAAAUUUCUCACUUGGUUUUGACUUUUUAUGGGAAGUUGUUUAUGCAAAUCGUGAAAAUACAGAAAAUGACGACUCAUCAAAAGACAAGUCAGCGAUACUAAAGCAAAGAAAUGAAAUCUCAAAGGAAACUUUCACCAAGAUAAGGCAAUGCUCGAACCAGACCUCAGAAAAAUGGUACCAGCUGCCUGUUGAUCCACAGGCAAGGAAUAAAGGUUUUGUUGAGAAGGCUCCGCGUCCAUUCACUACAAAACAAAUAGUUGUACCAUUGAACGUUACAAAAUCGAAUAUCUGUGAGGACAGGACAGUCAUUUCUGGUCAAAGACACCCUUUGAAAAAUCCACUUACGCUGCAGAACAAAAGUUCACUGCAUAAUGGUGGUCAGCAUCCAUCCGUCGGUACGCAUGCGAAGAUGCAAGUUGUAACUCCUUCUUGUCGACCUAAUAAUCUUGGUUCCAGACCAGCGAUUAGCCAUUUACUCACGGUAAGAUACGACUUCACCAUAUUGUUUUAUUUAGAGAUAUUUCGUCAGAUUUUGUUAAAUCGCCGUCGGAACACCCGUAGACUUUUCGAUUUGUACCGUCCACGGCCAUAAGAAGUUACACGAAAACGGCUUAAAGAGAUUUUGUAAAAAUUUAGUCCUCUUUAAUUUUUUAUUGUAUUAUUAGUCUUCACAGAAGGACAAGGGAAAGACCGUUAUCCUAGUUGACGCUCGGGAAAUCUCCAGUUCUCAGGUAAGUAACUUCUGCUGAAUUUUAUUCCGUGUUGAGAAACCAGCUAAGAUUUCUUAAAUGCAAUUUUAUUUGAAAUAAAAUUUGCUAUUUCUUACUCUUCCUUUGGUUAAAAGGUAGCACAAUCUCUCACGAAAACGUUGUUGAUGGUCCCAUCUCAACUGUUUUAGCAUAUGAUAAUUUUCCUCGGGAAUUAUGGCUUAGCGAAGGAUAUGGCAGCAAGAUGCAAACAUGGUGGAUGUUUCAGCGUAGAACAAUUCAUUUGGUGUGGCACUUAAUCUUUGCUUUCCUGUCCAGUGGAUCGCGAUUGCCCUACUGUGAGCCUUUCUUUGUCUUUUCAGUUCUCGUGACAUAUUAGAAUUUGUUUCACUACUUCGGAUACUAGUUACUCUAUACAGUAGACAGAUUUUAUUCAUUGUCUUCCUUCCCUCCCCACCCCCUACAGGUUGUGUCAACUUUACGCCUAAAGCACAAUAUAAAGGCGGAAGUAUGUCAGCUGACCAGCUGUGAUUACAUUGUCAGUAACAGAAUGGCUGUGAAGAGGAAAACAGCUUCCGGUAUGUUAUGGUUUUGAGAAGUUCUUCCUGUACUAAUGCGAAUUAUUUUAUCUCGUUUUAUGAUGUUAGUCACUACCCCAUAACUUGAACAUCGCCAGUUUGCCGAUUUCCUUUGAGUAAUCUUUCGUGACUGGUUGAGAAAUCACACAACAUAUCUCCAAUUUAUUUUUAUGAUAUUCUUUAAUUAACGCACAAACCUUAAGAGAGAUCAAGAACAUUAUCGGCUUCAAGGGGAUAUUUUCCCUAGAUUGAAACGUUGUAUCUGUCAACAAAAGGCGUUGACUUCUGAAGCGUCUUUUGAUUUUCGCAGUUUUUAAAUCUCCUAAACCAAUCACAGGUCUGAUAACCGCACGGUGAAAUUCAGCAGCACGCAAGCGCUCUUUCGCCGCCCAAAAUAAGCCAAGCAACUUCUCAUUGACUGAGUUUUUGACCGAUUGCUGUGUAAAACCCCCAAAGUAGUCACAUCAGCCGAUCAGAUCGAAGGCAAAUAUCACAAGUAAACACACACAAGUAGCCGCCUUUGGCGCUGGAAGAUGCGGGUUGCAAAGAUUGGUUAUAGCAAUUGGUUUUAGCAAAAUUGUAUUUGAUUGACAAAAUACUGAUUAACUGUCGUUGUCUACACUUCGAACUUUUCUGUUCAGAUGUUGCUCAUGGAGCAAACAGUCACAAGCUUGUGGAGUGCAUACGCAGAAUGUGUGAUCUGUAUGACAGGCCUUGCUUGAUUAUUGAAAAAGACCGCGUUAAACCUGGAGAAACAGAGAAAAACUUGUGAGUAUUGCCAUCUUUUAACCCACCCUCAAGCAAACUUUCAGUAUUUUCAAAACAACUGAACUUAAGGCAUUUGUAACAUAGAAAAUCUCUUACCUUAGUACUUUAUGGAUAUAAUAUACCGUAAAAUGUCUCUAUCUCUAAAUAAUCUACCCAUAAAUUUAUAACUUACUUGUUUUCGUAUUGCAGUAUUAAAACCAAAGCAUAUAUUUUCACCCUGGCUAGCAUUGCUCAGACUCACGUCAAGAUGGUGUUCAGCGACUCACAAGGUUUGUCACAUGAUGAGAUUAUUUUAGAAAACGUCUGCCUAAUGAGUUUACAUAUGGCCUGGUACUCUGAUUUUCUGACGAGAAAUAGGAUGUUCCAGUUAAGAAAUUAAUUGGAAAAGCAAGCUUUAAUGUUGAAUUGUUUUUUCUGUUUUGUUAUCUUAGAGGAAACUGCUCGUCUUUUAACGGAUCUUGCCACCGUUGAAACUAUGAAGGGAAUGGCGAUUACAGCGUCAACUGCUCUGAACAAGGAACACGAACAGGUAAAAUAUAAAGCGGCAAAAUUCUCUUAGAUUACCUAAGGUACAUUAAACUUAAUAUGCCGUUUUUCGUGUUUUCUUCUAAUUUUUCAGUUUUUCCGUGUUGUGGCAAGUAUUCCACGUGUCAGCUACGUUACAGCCCUUAAUUUGUGCUCGUCGUACAGAACACUUGGCGAAAUCGUGAACAGGUAAGGCUUAUCUAGUCGGUUUCACCAAACUGAAUGUCCCAUCGUUUCGCAUCGGCAACUUGUCUAUCAAGAGAAACAAUUCGUACCCAAAGGUAUUCAGUAUGGGACCUUCAUGGGUUUUAAAACAGGGGUGCACUGAUUACUCCCACUCUUGGAGCAAUUUUAAGUCUGGAGUUGCUACAAGUUGAUACUGAUCUGAUCCCUAUGACGAGGUGGAAAAAAAUUUGAGCAGCUUGAUUCGCAACGAAAUUUGCCAAUUUGACGACUUAGUCGAUUUCAGCGGUCAUGCACAACUUUGAUUGUCUGUAAGAAAAGAAUCAAACAAUAAGGCACACUGUACGUUAGAAUAUCAAGUCUUCCCCAUUUUGAAUAUUGGUGAAAUUGUUUUAAUGUUAUAUAAGCCCUGGCUCUGUGUUUAUGACAUAAAAACUGUUCCAACUGUAAUGAUUGUGCAAUAGAAACAAUGUGAAACAGUAAUCUUCCCUAUUAGUGUGAAGAAACUUAAACAAUGAGCCCUGAUGACAAAUCGUACUCGAGACUGCAAUAAUUAAGGGUAGUAUCCGAACGAAUUCUGGAAGCGGUAUAACAUAUGCUUAAUGCCUAAGAUUCGAAACGUCCGAUUUCAACGUUUUCAUCCGUUUUGAGACGAUAGCAUCCCCUCGAUGCGGACGCUAUCGUCCGAUUUUCAGCGCUUCCGUCUUUUUCCUUUAUUCGUUCAUUCCUGAUUUUUACUUCACAGCACACCGGCAGAGCUGGAAAAAAGAACUCCUGGCUUGUCAAGUCCUCGUGCUGCCGAGAUCCACAAAUAUCUUCGACACAAGUUUAACUCCAACAUGAUUUCUGUAAAGAAAUGAAUAUUUUAGGUUCUUUCCACAAUUGUGCAAUAAAAAAUUAGCGCGUUUAGGUAGCACGGCGCCUCUUUCGUUCUGAAUCGAAGAACGUUUGAGAAACAAAGAUAUCAAAGAGAACAAUUAAUUUAAUGAAAUGAAAAUGGAAAUUAUUUAAAAUAAAAAGAUGUAAAAUGUUUCAGACUUGGUCUGUUUUGUGUGCUAUGCUGUUUUCAUGCCCAUCCUGCUCACGUGAUAGGAUUUGGCUUCCCUGUCUAAAACUCCUCAAUGAUGGUCGCUCCAUUUCUCCUCACUUUACGCUCUACUUACUUGGAGACUUUUGUUUCUCUAUACUCGAGGACGGUCUGGGAACGAAUUAUUAUUUCUAAAUGGUGCGAAGUGAUGAAGGCGCAAAAAUUGUGUAACUUCGUCUUCUUUUUUGAUCCAAUUCCCCUGAAAAAUGAUCGUUUUCGCUACGUUUGUGCUCAACAUUGUGCAGGUCAUCAUCUUUUUCUGGCCGCUCAAUAUUUCUAGCGAGGAGAUAUGGCGGUGAGUUGCCGUUUAGAGAUUUCAACAACGGAAUAGUCAUUACAAAUUUAGCUUAUGUAGUUUUCAUCUUCUCGUUUCAAAAUCGAAAAAGAUACUCAACCAGAGAAGGUGAUGGGACUUUGUUUACUACACGUCAUACGGUAAGUAAGGUUAGGUAGCUCUGUGAAUAAACCUUUUUUUUGUGAAAACCAAAAGCUUAGAGCCUUACAGUUCUGCUAGAUUUGUUUUACUGUAAGAAGCUCAUGUGUACAUGUUGGUUUCUUUGCGUCCAAAGUGAUCAUGACCUUUUUUAUCAAACAGUUAUCUAUGAACUUCCACCAGCAUUUGUUUGUGGAUUGAUUUGUUAUUGCCAAUUGGUCAAGCAAAUAGUCUUUCCUUUUUUGCGUUAGAUAUUUGUGGAACAUUUAGAAGCCGGUGAAGAGGUUGAAUGGUGCUACCCUAUGGAGUGUUCUCUCAAGAACAAGAGGUAAGCCAAAGAAUUUAUAGGUUUUGCAUCCAACGAAAUAAAUCCUGAAUUUAUCAGACCUCCUAGUAAACAGUCACUUACAUUAGUCCUCACUUAAAUUGAGCCCUUGAAGGUUUGUAUUUUUUUAUAUUAAUAAUGGAAAGUGGUACGGUUUCAAAAUUGCAGUCCUAUUCUAAAUGUUUUAGGUUGUAAGAGGCAGAUGUGUUGAUAAGGCAGGUCGGUCCACAAAAUUUAAUAAUAAAAACUUUGUCACAAUCUUACUUGCAGACAAGUGUUUUUUAUAGUGAUCAGUGCUCAUACAUAAUAAGAAAAAGUCUUGAAAUAUUUGAUUCAACAAAGUAGUUGUAUGGCUGAUGCUGUGAUGGGCUGAAAGAUGAGCUUUUUGUCUUGGUGCAGUUCAGUACAGCUUGUAUUAGACAUACAUGGAAACCUGGAAGGGUUGACAUGUAGGUCUGGGCUGUUUAAUUCAGGUUUCAUUGUAAUCCUAUCUGAAAACAAAACACUCUGUAUUUUUAGUUUUAUCAGUGCUAUUCUGCAUUGUCCAAAGCCAGGAUUUCAUCCUAUUGGUCCUAUUACAAGAAACUCUGAUACCCAGGUUAGUUAUUGUAGAUGGCUUUGAUAGCUUGUUUGUUUGUCUUGAUUUUUUGGUUUAGAGAGACCUAGUCUUCUCAUAUGUCACAAAAGUAUAGAGAGUAAAUUGAUGUUAUUCACUGAAGCCGUUUCCUCCAAGCCUACAGGCUCCUUACAACCAGAGCUGAUCCUGGUUUAGAUAGCUUGUUUAGACAGCCAGGAGUGUUGGUAUUCCACUGUAUUUCACCACCUUGCUAACAUAAAAGGCUUUUAAACAUAGAAAUGAAGAAACCUGAAUUAAAUUUUAACCCUGGGUUAGUGCUAAUCAGACUUCAAACAACCAAGCCCUGAGCCCUAAAGACGGGAAGGCAAUUUGUAUCAAGGCCCAAGAAAAAACAAAAAUAUUGCUGACCAGCCCAAGUUAAAGCUUCUAGAUCCAGCAUUAGGCAUACCCACCAAUGAGGUAAAAUUUAAAAAAUGAAAAGAUACAACUUAGGCAAAGUUGAUUCCAAAUGACUGUAACAUUUUUUUGUGUUAAGUGAUGUUUUGUUUGUUUGUUUGUUUGUGUAGAGUGUGAGGCACAUCAAUGUGGUACUCAGUCCAUUUUACUAUGAGUGGUACCUUGGUUACAACAGACAACAACAAAAGUGAGUGUGGUUUUCAAAGAGAGUGUGUGGUUUAUAACAGUGCAAUGGACAAAAAAAUCAGAUAUAUUGGUAAUAAACAUAUUUUUGAAUUGAGAGAUUGGUACAAGACCAAAGCAAAAGCUAUCAAAACAGUCACUACAUCACAAGGAAAAAAUGAGAACUCAAAGUAAAUAAAUAGAAAUAGAUGAAAGCAAGGGAAAAGUAGAACAAUUAAACUUCAGUUAGUUUUGUGGCACAUCUCAUUGUCAAGGUAGAGCAAGUUUUCAAUUCUAGACCAUUUAUAGAGAAAAGUGUAACUAAACCAAAUGGAACUAAAUGAUUAAUUUCCAGAUAACUUCUUGUACUUAAUUUAACACUUCUAGGGGCAAGAAAAAAACUGAAAAUGCUGGCUGAUUUUUUUCUUAACAGUGGAAGUCAAGAAGAGUUCAAGCUAUGGAUUAUUGACCCAAAGCAUACCUCAGAGUAUGAGAAGAACAGAACAGUUUUGUUUCCAUCUCAAGUUAGUCUGACUCUUAAUAGUGUUCCAAUUUGCAUUUAGGAACUUUCACAGUCAUUGAAACUAGAUUUGUUUUAUUUCUUUUUUCCAGUAUUCAAAGGAGCUUACAAGAGUUUUUUUCCAACUCGGGCAAAGGCCAUCUGUGAAACUGAAAAUGGGUCACAGGUUUAUUGACUGGGAUGAGUUACAGAUUGACUGUCAGUCAUUUAAUACAACACAUGGGUAAAGCAUCAAUAGCACUAAAGACAUGUGUAAAUCAUUUUCAGCACAAUAUCUUAUACAUGCACUGACUUAACAUCGCCAUAAGACAACUGCUAUGCUGUCAUACAAACUAUUGAAGUAACUUAUUUUGUUUUUUAAUUCCUUGUUAGUUAAACAGGUAACCAGUUAUCUCUCUGAAAUUUUUGGGAAAAAAGAUCUCAUUAGAAUUAUAAAUUUGUUCUUCAGCAGAGCUUUAAACUGUAAUCUUUACGCUGAAUGGUUCAUUAUGAGGUAAAUGUUGAUUGCUUGAAGGUGGUGCUGCUGUAAUUUUUUAUAAAUCAGCUCACAGGCAUGAGAGAAAUUGUGUAUAUUAUAUUGUUCUUAUUAGUAAGAAUAGUUUUUUUCAAAUCACCACUGGGGAAUUAGGUCAUAUCUUUGUCUGCAUAUCAAAAUAUUUAAAAUCUGUUUUUUAUUACAUUUGUUGUAGCUACUGGAAGUUCUCUGUAAACAGUGCAAUUAAUCAUCAGAUGAAUUUCGAGAUAGAUGGACAGUCAGUUGCUCUUCAUGAUCGCUUUAUCAGGUUGGCUUUUAACUGCUAACCUCUUAAGAUCAUGUAAUUGUUGCAUGUUUUCCUUCAAGAUCAUGAUCUUGUUAUUCAUCUCACAAUCAUGUUUAACUUUAUGCUUCUCUAUUCAUUAUUCUUCUUUAUUUUCCCUUAAUUUUCAUCACUUAUUUGUUGGAUGAUAUAUCUUUAAGUCAAAGGGAGUAAAAGGGUAAAUAAUAUUCAUUCAGUAAUGACUUUACAACUACUGGUAAGACACAAGCAGAUCAGGCACUUUGCAUUCAAAGUCAAAAUCCGACUUGAAAAUCACAUUCAAAACCGCCUUGAGUCUUAAACAUUUAAUUAAUCUUAGUAACACACAAUUAUUAUGAUGGUAAUUGUAACAUGUGAUGACAUUUUUUCUAUACUUUUCCAAUUUUGAGAUUUUAUCAAUUUUAUAGUUUUUAUUACUGGAGCUCAGUAUAGUUUGUUCAAUAGAUUUUUAUACUUAAUAACAAGACUUAAUUUCACAUGUUUAAUAAAUCUCUGCAGGAAAAGCUUUGUACAAUUGCUGAUAACCAAGUUUGAAUUUCCUGCUGGUAGCAUUCCAAACCAAGCAGAGGUAAAAAAAUUAAGAAAUGAGACUUUUCUUAAAGAUUACUUCUUGUAGACAUUUCUUCAUCACUAUGGUUCAUUUACAGGAGGUCUUGAAAGGAGGAAAAGGUUCUGAACAGCCUUUCAUUGUUCAGGCAAGAAAAUUAGUUUUCAUUAUUUGUUGAAUAUGAUUUUAUAUAAAUUAGCUCUGACUGAACUGUUUUGAGAAGGUGAAAACUUUGGAUAUGCUUGUCAAUAUGCUACUCUCUGUCUUUUAUAUUAAAAAAUCUUGAAUGAAUAGUUGUUACUGAUUAUAACUUGUAAUUUUCAAAUUACAGUUUAUUAUAACUAAAACCCUUACAUUACAUUUUUGGGUGAUUUUUAGUCUACUGUGUUAAUACAUGUACCCUCUCUUUUGUCUUUUAUUUUACUUUUGUUUUGCCUAAAGUUGUGUGUUUAUUUUUCUGAAGGUAAAUUUCAUGCUACUCUCAUUUAAUGGUAAGAUUUAUCUUUAUUGUAGGAUCCAUGUGCUCCUCAUGUUGCCGUCUUAAUAAGGUGAAUGGCUUUGUUUAACUAGUGUAUGUGAAAUGAAAAAAGGAAAGUAGCUUGAGAAAAAAAUAAAACAGGUGCAGUCAGGAAUACUGCUAUUGAAUGGAUAAAUUUGAUCUUGCCAUCUGAAAAUGUAAUGUGCAUCAGGUAUUCCAAUGGCUACUGUUAUGCUUCUUAUUCCUGCAUGGAACUGGAGAAAAUUUGUUCUGUUAAAGUUCUACCCAAGUUUAUUUUGACACUCGUGUCACAACCACCAAUUUAAUUUGAAAUUAAGAGCCAUGAUUAUUGAGCAGGUUUAUAUGUUUAAGUUAUGUGAUUAGAUAACUUGGCAGUUUGAAUCUAAUUUUUUUUUCAAUUGUUUCCUGAUUUCAGCUCAGAAUUUCUUCUCACCCAAGACAAUUUUGCUACUGCUAUCAAACUGAAGGUGCCAUCCACUUUACUAAUGGUAUGCUUUUUCUUAGUUGUUAAUCAUGAUCAUGUAUUCUUCCAUUUUAGAUUCUAAAGAUAUUAUCUCUCUACCUUAAAUCUGUUUUUGACUUCAUGUUUAUUUGAAUGUCCUCAAUUAGCAGACUAUUUGUAGGUGGCUAUAUUGCAAGACACAACAAAAAGUCUACAUGAACCCCAUUAUAUAUGUAGCUAUAUAUAUUCAUGAAUUUAUUUUAAAUUUUUGAUAUAUAUUUAUGGUGUGAUUGUCUUUGCACUUUACUCGUGUUUAGCAGUCUGAAGCAAUUGUCAAGUUGGCUCUGUUUUUGGCAAAAAACCUUUUGGUACUCUUAGAGUCAGGACAACUUCUCAUAUUUAAUGGAACAGGACAAACUUGGGGCAAUCCAUUGGGUAGGUUAACUUAACAUCAAUUCAACUCUUUUAUAAGUCCCUAGAGAAAUAAAUGGCAACAAUUUGCCAUAAACAGUGUAUCUAGAAAUUAUUUGAUUUAUGUCUUUAACUGUCUGAAGACUCUUGACACACUUCCUGCACAAAUUGUGUUAUAUCUCAGUGCCUGAAAAUUAGAAUCGUAUGGCAAGUUUUUUUCCUCAAUACUAGACAUACAUUAGGCUAGGUAUUCAGUAGAAUGCUAUGUCAUCUGACUUUUUUCCUUUGUUCAAACCACAGGAUUACCAAAUUUUGGGUUGACUGGUCUGGCAUCACACAAGAUAUGUUUUGAAGGUGCAAACAGUGAGGUAUGGAAACACUGGAUUACAAGGUUUUUAUAUCAGAGCUUUCCAAAAACUAUGAGGCUAAGUAUGCAUUUAUUAAAUAAGUGAUAAGUGAUAAGAGAUAUCACAAGUUAACAAGUUAAAUCGUUUUCUUCUUGGUACUCUUAUAUAGAAUUGUUUCAUUAAUCUGGUAUCAUCAUUACUGAGUGCAGUCGAAAUUUUCCUUUGUACACAUAUGAGCUGUAUUUAAUUAGCACAAAUUUCAGCAGCAACAUUAUCUUUUCCCUUACCUCCCUUUACUAUUAUUUUAUUUACUUGAUUUCCUUUACUUCCUUUUUUUAGAUCAUGAAGAAGUUGGUUUUGGGAUGGUCAAAUGAGGUCAGUCUCCUAAAUGUGCUUUUACUUGUGUCUCACGAUUAUACUGUUUAUGUAAAAAUUUUAGAACACAUUUAAUGCAGUCAUUUUGGCUUCUGAAUAAUCCUUUUAACUUGUAACUUUUGUUACUUUUGCAGAGUAGUGGCAAUAAGAUUUACCUUUCAAAAAACAGUGGGGUUUCCUUUCAGCAACUUCUGUUUCCUACACAGAGUUUCUCUGUUAUAUCUGUAUGUAAAUUUCAUUCUAGCACUCUUUGUCUGUAUCUUGAUUGCUUUUAACGAGAUCACUAUAUGUUAACAACAUAUGAAAAUUAAAUAUUUUAAGUUCAACUUGUAAGAAUGUUGAAGGUGUGGCCUGAAAUGUUCUCCUUUCGUUACGUUAAGAACUUUUUUUAGCCUCAGCAUAUCAAAACAAUUUCUUGAUUUGUGUAGUUUCUCAUUCGAAGUCCAAUAUAAUUCCAAUUUAGUGUGAUGCUCUUUACACUCUCUGGUCUGAAAAUUCACUAAACCUGACCCAAACUGCCUUUGAGUUGGUUGAAAAAGUGUCACUUUGAAUGUGUUCAUUACUGACUUUCUGUUUUUCAGGUGCUGCAUGUUGAACUACAUUGUUUUUUCCCUGUUGCAACUUUCCUGGUAAAUACCACAAGUUAUCAAAACCUGGAAAAGGUAAUAUUACUGUCCUAACAAUAAUUUUGAUUGCGAGGACAUUUAAAAUAUUUUUUUUCUGUCAUUUUACCUCAUUCUCUUCAACCCGUGCUUGUUUAAUUAAUACUUACUCUUGACCAGCUUGGAUUACCCUUGAUUUGCGUACUUUAGUGUUUUAAGCAAAAGAGACAGUAGAGUUUUCUUUGCAUGUUUUAGACAAUGUUCAUGCAGUAUGACUUUAUGGAGGAUGCCUGGAUACAAGAGGAACGUACACUUUCUGGUUUUAGUCGAGGUACAGUUGUCAGGAAGAAUGUAAUUCUCACUUUCAAUUUCUUCCUUUAAUUUUGAUCAAUUUAAGAAGCUUUUUGUGUGCUUACAGGAUACACUAAUUAAAACUAAUUCUGCUAAAAACUACCACCUAAUAUCUAAAAGGAGCCUGCUUAAUUCCACGACAAAUGAAAAGUAACUGUUGCAGUAACGAACAUGUUUCCAUCUACCUGCCUUCAAUUCAGAGCAUUUUAAGACAAUGUUGUUCAAUUAAUCAUUCUUUUACUAUUCCUUCAACAGAUCCCCCAAGGCAAUUCUCAUUUAUUCCUCCAAGUACACAGUAUUUGAUUGCUUGGAGUCAGAAAUUGUUUGCCUUUGGAAGACUUAAUGAAACAGGUUAUUUACUAGAUAAUUGAUAUCAUUAACUAGAAGUCAUUGACAAAAAUUACAUUGGCAAAUAUAACAAUUAUUUUGCAUCAUCAACACAUUGUAGCUUCUAAAACUUUUAGGUCAGGCAGAUGCUAUUAUAAUUAUUAUUACUGAAAACUUUUUUGCCAUUCUUAUUUCAACUGAUUCCAGGGAGUGUUUUUAAGGUGAAGAGACAAGGACAUCUCUCCGACUUUGCUCUUAAUGUCAAUGAAACUAUAGUGUCUUUGAUAACAGGUAUGAACUCUUGGGUGUUUUUUUUUUCUUUUUUUCUUUUCUUUUUUUUUUGAGGCAGUAUGUUUCAUACUGUUACAUUAACUGUCAUGCAUAACAGUUAUAGAAGAAGGACACUGUUGGUUAGGCCAAUUGUGUUCUCAUUUACUGCUAACAUGUUUACAACUAAUAUCAAUGGGGUUUUAAGUGAAACAGCAAUCAAUACUUAUUAAAUUCAAAUGAUUUUCAGGUGGAAAUGGAGAUUUUGCUGUGCAGUUGUCAAACAAAAGGUUAUUUUAUGGAAGAGCAUUUGUUGAACAUGUGGUUGAGGUAAGUGUUAACUAUUUCUGUUUUGAUAUUUUACUGCCUUUGUGCAACUUUCUUAUCCAGUUUCAAUUUAUUUUUUACCAGAUUUUUCCAGGAGAAGACCCAUCUUCAAAUUUUACAGUGAUGUUUGAUAUAUUCAGUUCUUUGCUGCUGAUUACAAGCAAUGGGUAUGUCUUUGAACAAACACUUUUGGCAGUUUGUGUUGUUAAGUAUAAUCAUACUCUGAUGUUGGAUUGGUGUAGUUGCCAUGGCAAUUCAAUGUCAAUUCCACAUAUUAUUCAAUCCAAUUAACCACGCCAAGCAUACAGUUCAAAUAAAAUAACGUAUGAGAAAUCCAUACAAAUAAGCAAGUGUCCUUCUCCAUAACCUUGAAAAUUGCUACAAUAUCUGUUAUGGUUCUGUAAUGUUCUAUUUCUAUGAUGUGAUUCUUAAGUUAAACAGAUCCUUAUAUAAAAAAUAAAGGCAGAAGUAACAAGUGAUAAAAACACAUGUGCGCCGAGGUUUGGCCUAGUGUCAAAUGACAAAACCUUGGCAGAGACUGGGCCAAGUGCACAGGAAACCUAACAUUUACAGUCAUCAAUAAUAUCACUUUUAUUUAAGUUGUUGUUGACAGAGUGUAGUGUAUCCAUUAUUACUUGUUCCUGUUGUCUAUGUCAGGUGAUGAAGUUGAAUGAUUACCAGAACUUAUUUACUAGUGAUGUCUUUUUUCAUUGGAUGUUCUCUGUAAUGUAUUAUUCUUAGGCCUUUAUUAUUUUCAUUUCAUUUCCAUCCAGACUAUCCAUUAGAUUGUAAUUAAUAAUUCUUUUAUUGUUAGUAAAUAAAUUAAAUUAAAUCAUGCUUCCUAUCCUUUUCAGGGGCAUAGUUAAAACAAGAAAGCUGCCUCUGGCAAAUGAAGUAUUGAAUGCAGUAUUCCCACAAAAAUCAUGUCCUGUAAGGAUGCAGAUUUACAAGCAAUUAUGUGUAAAAAUUAUUGUUUUGAUCACCUAAUAUAACACAUCAUUUUUGACUUGUGGAUAAUAAGAAACAAGAUGAACCCUAAAAGUAAACAGCAGUAGCAGACAGUUAUGAAAGUUGGAAUAAAGUAUGGGCUUAAAGCUAAAGAUUUGGCCUAAAUCCAUAAUACUGUAUAACUGCCAUAACUGUUAUUGACUAUGUUUUUAUUACAGUAUUUAAGAUUCACUACUAAUGUCAGUCCAGAGUUGUAUUUCAUGGACAAGGGAGAUGAAACAAAGGUUGGUGACUUAUUUAAAUCAUAUUUUUCAGUCUCACUUACCACAAGUAAAUGGACAAUUUUACCAACUGAUCAAUGACUCCAUGUUGUUUUCAUUCAGGUCUGGGCAGUUCUUAUUUAUCCCAGGACAGAACCUAAUGAUGUCAGGGUAUGAUUUGCUCAGUUAAUAAGUACUGAUCUUUGGGGGAAGAAAUGUUAAAGCAGAAAUUGCUAAGGGAACCUACAUGUAAGGACUCACCUUGAGGCAGAUGACUUGGGCUUACUCAAAAAAGUUUACAAUAAUUGAUUGAGAAAAAUUGGUGACUUAAGAUGAGUAUCAAUUGACCCUUUAAAAAAAAAAAUUGACUACAGUGGAGUCACAAAUGUCUAUCUUUGGCCAUGUCUACUUUUAAGCAUAAACUUUUCAGUAAUUUUCACUCUGAAUCAUCUCCAGUAACUGUUGUAUUUAACUAAAUAGGACUUGUAGAGGAGUCCAUUAGGGAACUUUUAUGUGUUUUAGUGUCCUUUCCCCUCUUUUGCACCCACUGAUCUGUUUAAUAUUUACAAAUUCAAUAUAGCUGGAAAUCUCCAGUGUUGAUGUUCUCCAAAUCACCAGUGAAGAUCAUGUGGAACACUAUAAGGGACUUGUGACACUGAAUAAGGUGACAACAGAAGCCCUUUAUGCACAACAAUGUUCACCCUUUAUUUGCCACUUCAUGCCAUGCUAUUUACUUUUGAUAUUUCAAUUGUCACCUGAACAAGAUCUUCAAAUGAUUCAUUUAGUUAACAUUUAGUUAAUUAUGAAAAGAUCUCAUCGAAAAAAUUACUGUACCAUUGUCAAGUCUCUUUUACUUUUUUUUCUCUAUGGUAGACUUUUACAUUCAGAUACAACUUUAGAAAUGGAACUUCAGUGCAAAAAAAGUAUGUGGUUAGUUUCAGUUUUUAUCAGCUUUCUACUUUUGCUAUUCUAUGUUAUUUCAAUUUUUCUCUUACUUUUUUUUAAUGUCAAUUAGGGUUGAUUUAACCUUUUCCCUUUUAAUAUUUGUAAUUUUAAUUGAUUAAAUUUUUUUAGAGUUAUAGUGGAGCUUGCAGAGCAUAGCCCCAUAAUUAUACAAAAUAGUAGUAACCCAUCAAGCCAAAAAAAUUUGGAUGUACAACCAUACGACCGUACAAGGUGCUAUAAAUCUAUAUAUUAUUUGAUUUCUCAAUGUUUUUUCUUUUCAUUGAUCCCAGCUCCUACAAAUCAACUGCAGUUGCUGUCCAGCUUUUGCCAAAGGUUGGAGAAUUAUCCUGUGAAAAUAAUCUCCAGGUAUUGCUCAUGAUCCAAAGCUUCUGUUCAAAAUGAGUUGUGCAAUUAAUUACAUAUCUUUGUGUAUGUAGAGGUGUCUAAGUUGGGUUAAAAAUGGCUUCUGGUGGUUUUUAAAGUGGACAGUAAUUGCUAGGCAUUGAUUCGUUUUGGUUCUAAAUAGCUGAUAUGUUCUGGGACCUGAAGAAAAUAAUUGAAAAAUUAAAGAAAAUGACCUCAGAGUUUAAAACAAGGAAGGGUUGUUCCCAAAAAAGAGAAAACCCAGCCUCCACCAUUCAAUGUCAACAGCUAUUGGCACCUUACAAAGCACGUAUUACAUUAAAAAAAAGCCAUGGUCGAGAGGGAUUCACUUCACCUUACCGACGCAUUCAAACCAAUCAAUCAAAUCUGACAAGCACUACAGUGAGUGUCAUAAAAUCAUGGCAAAACUGACCAGUCACUUUCCUCUACACCGAGUCAUCACUUUUCAUUAUUUGACUCAGGUCAUGAUGACUUCUGCAUACAUUUUUAAACUUUAGUCAUAAACUUGACAACACAACAGACAUUUUCUUGACAACUCUAACCCUGACGGUCACUCCAAAAGAUAACCCUGAAGCAAGAGAAUAUUGACUGAAGCGUUUGGCAACAUAAGUUUGUAGUAGUAUUGUAAGAAGUAUUGGCUCUAACCUGCUGUUAAGCACAGGUGCUACAUGUUCAUGUUGGGUGUCCGCCACUCAAGAGCAUUGUGAUAAGGAACUGUACUUCAUCAACUGGUGUGGAGUCUGCACCACCCUUAUCUACGGUAUGGUAAACAAUUCAUGUUUAAGUCGUUUCUUACAAGAGAGGAUAAACUUCAUUCCCCUUUUUUUUCCAAGUAUUGAACUGUGCAUCCUUUUCUUCCAUUAAUUCAUGGAAAUCGGCAAGUGCACACAGAGAAAAUGGUGGCUCUGGUUUCAAAGCUGGAGCUCAUCAGGGAUGUGCCUUUGAAAAUCAUUUUUCCUAAACGACUUAGGCGAUAUAUUGUUUUUUCCUUUUGUUUAGGGUUUAGAAAUAGCGUUCAUUUCCUGGUAAGAUUUAACAGAGAAAAAUUGUCAGAACAGAUUGCGAAAUAGUAUUGGAAAUGUGAAUUUAGCAAGUACUCGAUUAUAGAUUUAAUUUUGAUGUUACUACAAGGAAGCAUAUGGUUCUACAAGGUGCUGCACCUAAAUGAGCAUUGGGUCUUAUGUUUUUAUUUCAAACUUUAAGUUCCUUUAAGACAAAAGAUAAACAAGUAGGCAAAAACUGAGAAAAAAUCUCUAGGCAGAUCCCUCUGUUCAGGAAUUUCCAUGAGCUAUGCAUCAUUUAACGAUGUGGUUAGUAAACAUGAAAGAUGACUAAACGGAUGUGUAAGAGCUGUGCAUGAUGAGGAGAAUUGCUUCUUUUCCGUGGCUUCCCUUGUUUGCCUGUAACAGUAUGCUAUUUUAACCCAGCAAGCAGCAAGCAUUUUGACAGGUUUUCCUAACAGGGAUGUUUGUUCGCUACAAGUUAUACUGACAGAAGAUACUUCAAUAUUUAAGGAUUAUGGCCAAAAUCCCUGCCGUUUGAAUGCUGCCAUUUAUGAAAAUAUCAAGCUAGUGGUAGAUCUGUAAGUUUACAUCUUUUGACUUCAAUUUCAUGUAUUUAAAUGCCUGCUUAAUGGAGCCAGUGGGUCCAUAGAAAUAAGUCAAAUCGAAGGUGAAAUUUCGCUCUUUUCUCUCUAAUCAAUCACCAAUUGUUAACUUGACAAUUUUCAAAUUCUGUUUUGUCAUCUGCAAUGGUAAUGCAUCGUUAUUGUACAAAAAUUGUAACCAAGGAUUCAUAAAAAAGGCUCGACUUCUUAGCAUAGCUUUAUCGUGGAAAGGUUUUGAAGGACGUGUACUGAAUGGGACUCACUGAUUCUGAAAUGGAACUUAAAAUGUUCUUACCUUUGUCUAUUUUGCUGCGAUAGAUACGAAGGUGACAAGUUCGUGGAAGAGGUGCACUCUGAUUAUGUAGUCUGGGAAGAAACAAGCAGAACAGACUAUGGAUACACUGCUACUAUGAGUGAGGUACACAUCAUGUACCAACGUAACAACUGUUGCAGCGAACACAAGGGCUAAUUAGCAAACUGUAGUUCAAACUCUCAAACUCUCGCAAAUUCUCGUUCAUGACACACGGUCUGCAUGUUAUGACCUCAAGCCAAAUAUUUUCCCAUCAGGCCUGACCGAACUCAAUCACUAAGUUCAUAGUCUGAGCCUAAGCGGAGUAAAUUAGAACAAGUCAGUUUCUUUGGCUGAAUUUAACUAAAACAGAAAUUUUUUGUUGUGACAGGUCAGGUGUUUAUCUGAAGCCCAAACGUUGAGAAAACUUUCGGAAAAUACCUCCGAGGAUUUAAACAGAAUCUGGACACAAAAUGUAAGAUUAUAAAAGGUGCUAUGUGUUAUGCAACUUUGUUAGUGAACAAUUGCUUACAACAAUACUAAUGUUAAAGCAAAGAAAAUAAAAUGGAAAAUGAAUGGGUAGAAAAUUGUCUUUGAUUUCUCAUAAUUUGGCUCGUGAAAAGUACAAUCUCUAUUUUAAAAGCGUAAACAUCAGAUGAGAAGGUUAUCUUGUUACAGAUGUUUCUUUUUUGUUUUUACUUUUGCUUUUGUUUUUUACAAGUGUGGGAUAAAAAAAAAGGAUCUUGUACUGUCCUUGUCAUCAAAGAGGGUUGAUGAGUGUCAGUCUUUGUGUUCCAGAAAUAUCAAAGUUGUUUUGAGGCCAGUAACGAUGGCAAGACAUUUGAUGGAAGUCAACCGUAUGAGAUUCUUAACUCUUCAGGAGUCUCUCAGCUGGUGUUUCAAGGUUCAGGAAGCUUUCACUUCCAACUCAGAGUUGUUGGAAACCACUUGAGGUAAAUAACAGUUUAAGGUUUAACAUGGAUUCUGAAGACAAUUAUCUGUUGGAAGGUAAUGAUGACUUUGCAGUUUUUAGACGAUUCAGAAUUUUUUGUCUCUAAAGUGUGAGCAAAUAACGAAAACGACCACAAAGAAUGUUGGGGAAGAAUACAGACGAGAGCUCUUCAUGAUCAAUCAUAUGUAUAUUUAACAGAAUUGUAUUUUUAGUAUAAGUAUUAUUCCCUUUUCCCCAAAUUGGAAACAAGUUUGAGUGCGGGUCAGAAAUGUCACUCGAUUUUACUACAAAACCGGUGCAACACAUUAUGAAGCUGAUAGUGUCAGUCUCUACUCGUGUCAUUUGAUCAACGCAUUGAUGUUUUUCUAUCGAAAGUUCACUUUUGUCUUUUGCUUUCCAACAGUUUCUGUGAGCUGACCUCACAGUUCUCGGUACAGGUAACAGACAGGGAAGGGAAAAAUUUCUUGUCACAAAUUGCGUCUGUUGCUGUGGUGACCCUCAUUAGCACAGUGCUUCUUUACCUAAACUUCGCAAAGUAUACUAAACGGACACUGAACAUACAUCAGGAAGAUGAACAGGAACAGCAAAGACUACAGGAACUCAAGUAACAGAACAAUUUGUUGUGUUAACUCUUUGUUUUUGUUUUUUUCAGUUCUGUGCCUUUUUUAAUUUUUAUUCCUGGCUAUUAGGACGUCUCAAAGUUAUCCAGGAAAACUUUAUCCGUUGCAAAUACCGAAUACAACGGUAUUUUUUUAAUUGAAGAGAAGGAUUAGCCAUAGUACUUGUGAUGACCACGAGCUCUCACCUUGUUUACCCUCCUCCUCUCCCCCCCUCCCUUCCCCCAGGUUUGAUGAUCCGCCGUACCCUUUUUGGGUGGUAGCAAAAAUACGUGAUUUUUCAUGCCAUGAGAAUUGAAAAUCUCAGUGACAAUUCAGGAGCUUUAUCCUUUUGCAAUUACCGAGUGCAACAGUAUUUUUGGAUUUCGGAAAAGCAUCAGCCAUAGCACUGGUGAUGACCUCGAGCUCUCACUUUAUCUACCCUCCCUCCCCCCCCCCCCCCUACCUCUCCCCCCCCGUCCUUUCCCCCAGGUUUGAUCAACCGCCAUACCCUUUUUGGGUGGUGGCAAAAAUAUUUCCAACCAUGACUUGGAAAACUGAAGGAUAGGUCGGGAAGCUCAAGAUUCCGAGGAAAAAGCGGUGAAACCAGGAAAAGCAAGGAAUGAACUGGGAAACGAGAAACGUAGAGGAAGUCCUUCCAAAACUUCGCAACACGUCAACGUUUUUCUUCAAAUGUUUGUUUGUAUGUUUGAUUUCUUGCAGGAGUCUUUUUACCACUUUCCAGCAAGGAGAUGAUGCUGGGGUGACUCAUCGUCGUUCAACUGGCCAUAGUGUACGUCGCUUCACAGGCACCGCCAUGCUGAUGACCAACCGACUGCCAGAAGAAUGUCUGGCAGAAACUGCUAAAACUUUCUCUGAACCAAUUGCAGAGUCUACAGAACCAAGUCACACUUCUUUAAGAUCCAGGAAGUCUUUGCAUACAGACAACUGAUAAAAAGGCUCCUUUUUAUCCAGCAUCUAGAAGUUCGAGUUCCGCAGCUCCCCAGUUGUCUUAAAUUUAAAGUGAUGUAGUCGAAUGGCGGACUACUAAGUCACCGAGUCAAGUAAAAAAAAAAUUUUUUUCUCGUUCUCAAGAGCGAUACGUUGAUGUAGAGGACUUACAGGUAUUGUUGUAGGAUUUCGCUUGAACUAUUUCAGCCAGUUAAGUAAUGCAUCGUCAAAAAAGCCCUGCAUGUUUUGCCCUGAUAAACUAUAAAAAGGAAGUGUCUCAAACUUCAAUAACGUUUGUUUUUUCUUCGCUUUUACCUAAAAUCGAUGAAGGACCAAUUCUCAGUGAUCGACUGCAUUGGAUGUAAGUGAAGACUUAUAGUUGGUUUUUC